UUGACGCUUCACACUCUAGUCCAGUGGGUGGCGGUAAGACACAUGCGUGUGUUUGCCAACCACCAUUAAACCUCAGAGGAAGAAGAUUAGUUUUCAGAAUGAUCUCUGGUGUUGUGUUGUGAUGCUGAUACUGAUGUGAUAAUUUUAGUUAAGAAAGAUACAUUUUGAAUCAGGUCAAUAAAUCAUCCUCAUAGACGUGAGUAAGUUUGAAGCAAGCAGGAAUAUCUGGAGGAGCAUCAACUGAACUGAGAUCUGCUGCUGUGAAGAUGGUGUUUGUUAAAGAGGAGAGUGAGGAGGACAUGAGUGAACCAGAACCCUGGAGAAUAAAACACGAGGAACAAGGAGGCCUGGUGAAAGUGAAAGAGGAAAGAGAAGAUCUGAAUGAAGUGGAGGAGAAAUAUCAGCUUCAGAAAGCUCAUGAUGACACCGCUGAAGAAAAAUCAUUGAGUUGCUCCAAAACUGAAAACAGUUGCUCACAAAGCAGCAUUCAAAUAACAGAAGUCAGAAGGCUAUUUAGCUGUUCUCAGUGUGGAAAGACUUUCAAACAUAGAGGAAGCCUAACGACUCACAUGUUACUUCAUACGGGAAAAAAGCCUUUCACCUGCUCCCAGUGUGGAAGGACAUUUACAAAGAAAGGACACCUUAAUGAUCAUUUGGUAUCUCACACUUCAGAAAAGCCUUUCAGCUGCUCUCAGUGUGGAAAAACUUUCACACGUAAAGGAAGCCUUAAUACUCACAUGUUAAUUCAUGCUGGAAAAAGGCCUUUCGCCUGCUCUCAGUGUGGAAAGAGUUUCACACGUAAAGAAAACCUUAAUACUCACAUGCUAAUUCAUGCUGGAAAAAAGCCUUUCACCUGCUCUCAGUGUGGAAAGAGUUUUACACAGAAAGCUCACCUUAAGUAUCAUUUGUUAAUUCAUACUGGAGAAAAGUCGUUUACCUGUUCUCAAUGUGGAAACACUUUCAGACAUAAAGGAAGCCUUAAGAAUCACAUUGUUACAUAUCAUUUGUUAAUACACACUUCAGAAAAGCCAUUUACUUGUUCUCAAUGUGGAAACACUUUCACAUGUAAAAGAAGCCUGAAGAAGCACAUGUUGAUUCAUACUUGAAAAAGGCCAUAAAUAACAUAAAAGAAGAGAAUUUCACCUGCUCUCAAUGUGGAACUACAUGAGAAUUCACACUGAAGAGAGUCUUACAUACGUCAUCUCUGUGAGAAGAGUUUUAAAUAGAUCAGGAGUCUGAUCUCAUCUGCACUAUUCUCACUCUGCAGAAAGGCAAUUUAAAGGUAGAGUAAGCAAUUUCUGAGAAACGCUGUUGAAAGUUGAUCGGAUCAAGCAGCACAACACUCAUAGCCAAUCAGCAGUAGGGGGCGUGUCCACUCGAAAUGGGGGAGGAGAGAGAGUGAGAAAGAGGGAAAACUGUAGAAAAAGAGAUGGCUGAGAGACAUUACAAAGGAGAAAAGAUCACAGGAAUAUCACUGGAAGAAGAACAGUUAUGAUUUUAUCCAUUCAUUUACAUGACAAUGGUGUUUUGGGAGCCUAAAAAUGCAAACUUUUGAAAACGGGUUUUAAAGUGCAAGUUUUUGAAAAUGAUACUGUCAUCUUCUCCAUGUAAACUACAAUAAUGCAAAUUUGUGAAAAUGGUGAUAUCAUGCCUGUUAAGCGUUUAGUCUAUUGGUGCAUAGUGAUUCUUUACAAAGUGACAUCGCCAACUACUGGCCUGGCAUGAACAAUACAGUGUUUUUAGCCUUUUUUUCUUUUUCUCAGUCACUUUGGCUCAAUUCCUAAAGACUAUGGGAACUUGUAGUGUUAUGUACUUUGAGGAGGUACAAUUAAAUGUAUUUUUAUUUUUUUAAUACAGACCUUUCAUUUUUCCAGAAUUAUUUUUUCAUUAUAUAUGACUUGACAUGAAAGAAAUGUGUAAAAAUUAACAUGCAAGUGUGAAUUUGUUUACAUGUAAAACUGAUACACAAAUAAAUGUACUGUAUACAUA